UCCCCUUGGCAGCUUGGUUCAGUGACUUACUGUUUCGACAGGAGAACGUAAACUAGCUAAAACCCCCCAAAACCCUUCUCAACAGCUGUUAGUCGGAAAACCCAUCUCCGACGACAUCUCCGGUGAAGCUCCGGAUGUCUGCUACUUUGCGCCGUUUACACACAGCUCUGCUCAAGGUCUGUCUCUCUUCCCAACUUUCCCUCUUUCCCUUAACAUCACACACUUUAUCUACUCAUUGCCUUCAAUAUCUCUCACUGCCCUUCACAACCAUUAAUUCCCAUUUUACAUAUUUAAGUCGUACUUAUUCUACUACCUCAUUUGACGGUAAAGAUAUAAUCUUUAUUGACCAGAAGUUCGACUUUCUUGAACAAUUUUCCCCUUUGGGGCACUUAUCAAACUCACCAAACACUGUAAUAAAUUCGAAAGAACGGCGUAAAAUUGUGAUUGGGCUAUCAAGAAUGAUUAAACAGGACCAAGAUUCUGUAUUAAAGGGAUUUUCCAGUAGGUUUUGCCCCUAUUUGCUUGUAGAAAUCUUGAAAUUAUUUGAAAACCGCGAAGUCUCAUUUGCAUUUUUCAAGUUGGUCUUCUGUGAUGCUUCGGAAUUCAUAGUCCAGUCGUGUUGUAUUGUCGCACAUGUCUUGGCUGCUGAGGGGUUGAGGUUGAUGGCACAGGAUGUUCUCUCUUGUGUAAUUAGUAGAAUUGGUGAAUGUAGGAGUAAUGAGUUGGUAGAGUUUAUGUGGAGAGAGCAUAGCAAGUAUGAGUCAGAUUUCUCGGUUCUUGAUUCUUUGAUGAGGGUGUUUGUGAAUGCAGAUAUGGGUUCCCAAGCAUUGAAAAUCUGGGAUAGAAUGAGGGAGGUCAGAAUUAGACCAAGUUUAUCAGCUGUUAGCAUUUUCUUUGCGCUGCUAAUUAGAGUUGGUGAUUACGGUAGUGUAUGGAAGUUAUUUAGAGAUAUGAUCCAAAGGGGACCUUGCCCGAAUAUUUUUGUGUAUAAUGUGAUGAUUCUUGGCUUUUGUAGAAAAGGGUGUGUUAGAACAGGAGAAAGCUUGUUGUUUUUGAUGAGGAAGUAUGGUUGUGAACCUGAUGUUAUUGCACAUAAUUUGCUAAUAAGUGCAUAUUGUGUGAGAGGCUGGACAUCUCAUGCUCUGAAUUGGGCGCAUUUUAUGGCGGAAAGCGGUUGUGAACCAAGCACUGCCACAUUUGUUACAAUUAUUAAUGCACUCUGCAAGGAGGGCAACAUUGUAGAAGCAAGGAAAAUGUUUGAAGAAAUGCAAGAAAUGGGUGUUUCACCAGGCACUGUGACAUACAAUGCUUUGAUGGAUGGCUAUGUAAAGGCAAGAGAAAUUGGUGAGGCUAAUAUGCUCUAUGAGGAAAUGCGGAAUAUGAGAGUUGCUCCUGAUGGUAUAACUUUUAACAUUUUGGUUGCAGGAAACUACAAAUAUGGGAGGGAAGAUGAUGGCAACAGGUUCUUAAGGGAAUUAUCUAUGAUGGCUUUGAUUCCUGAUUGUUCAAUAUCUGACAUGUCCAUUUCAGGAUUGUGUUGGGCAGGAAGGUUAGAUGAGGCUUUGCACUUACUGAAGACUAUGCUUGAGAAGGGCAUACCUGUUAGCAUAAUUGCCAUCAAUUCGCUCAUUUGUGCUUACAGCAGAGCAGGACUGCAUGAGAAAGCUUUUGAAGUGUAUAACAUAAUGACAAAAUUUGGUCUUACUCCUUCUGCUUCCACAUCUACUUCUCUGCUGAUAGGUCUAACUAAAGUAGGGAAGCUUCAAAGUGCCAGAAACCUUAUGGAUAAGAUGAUGCAGAAAGAGUUUCCAACAAACCAAGUAGCUUUCACAGUGCUUCUGGAUGGACAUUUCAGAAAAGGGGAUAUCAUGGGAGCUUUUAGCCUGUGGGAAGAGAUGGGAAGGAGAGGGAUGGCUCCUGAUGCUGUUGCCUUUUCUGCCUUCAUCAAUGGACUUUCUAAGGCCAAUUUUGUUGAAGAUGCAUAUGAUUGGUUUAUAGAAAUGAAAAGAAAAGGACUUGUGCCUAACAAUUACACUUAUAAUUCUUUAAUUGCUGGUUUUUGUAAUUGUGGGAAAUUGGACGAGGCAUUGAACUUGGAAAAGGAGAUGAGGCAAAGUGGGCUUCUUCCAGAUGUCUUCACCAUGAAUAUCAUCAUUAAUGGGUUUUGUAGACAAGGAAGGAUGAAAUCAGCAAUUGAUACCUACAUGGCAAUGCACCACAGAGGGAUAAUUCCAGAUAUAGUUACUUACAAUACUCUCAUCAGUGGAUAUUCUAAGGUAUUUGACAUGGUGAAUGUGGAUAAUCUUGUAAAUAUGAUGCAUGCCAGUGGUUGGGACCCAGAUAUUACAACCUAUAACAUAUGGAUUCAUGGUUCUUGUAGCAGCAGGAGAAUGAACCGUGCUGUUAUGAUAUUAAAUGAGCUUGUUUCAUCUGGAAUAGCUCCAAAUACAGUGACAUACAACACUCUAAUGAAUGGUGUUUGCAACGAUAUAUUGGAUCGAGCAAUGAUUUUGACAGGAAAAUUGCUUAAGAUGGGGUUUGUCCCAAAUAUUGUUACGACUAAUCUCCUGUUGUCUCAUCUUUGCAAGCAAGGUUUACCUCAGAGGGCCUGGAUGUGGGGGCAGAAGUUGAGGCAGAUUGAAUUUGAGUUUGAUGAAAUAACGUACAAGCUAUUGGACAGAGCAUACCAUGACAUACAUGGAGAUGCUAAAUAUGUAAAAGGGACUGCAGGAAAGAUCCUUUUUCUAGAUUUUCUUAUGUACAUUACCUAUGACUACUUGUGCAGAAACAAGCUUUGCAGUGAAAAGAGUGAUGAAUCUUUUGAACUGCUGGAUUAUGGGACUGCAGGGUACUCAAAGACAACUUGCAGGGUAGCUUUGUAGCAUGUUCAUAGAAGGUUUGAUACAUUGAAACUGAAGUGAUGAAAAAACAAGAAGUUCAAAAAAAAAAUUUGGAACCAACUCUAAGUUGGGCAGCAACCACUAGUAAUAUGAGAGGCUGGAAACCUGGAAAGGAAAAAAAUAUUCAUAAUUGAAGAGGUUGCUGCCUCCACUAGAAUUGAACGAUGAAGCAGUACUUUCUCUCCUGCCGAAAUUGCUUAUGCUAAAUCACUGAAAGCUUUUCACCAGGAUGUAGACCAAACAUAGAUUCGAUCAAGCUUCUGAAUGGGCAACAGACUGUUACAUUUCAAAUCUAUCUGCAAGAAGUUCCUUGAAUGAAAUUUGGGAACCUGUGGUUGCAUGCACAUUGUUAUUUGUGGCUACUGCUUUGAUAGCUAUAAAGAAUGACCUGAAGACCCAUGUAGUGAAUUGGAAAAGUGGGAUACGAAUGCUGUGGAUCCUUGUAGUUUGGAGGAUGGUUACCUGCUCUCCUACUGGCUCUGCCUCUGCCCUGAACCUUUCAAUGAAGCUACCAACUUGCUUAACAAGAUUGAAAUGCAGCUCGGCACCUUUCAAUGAAGCUACUACCUUGCUUAACAAGAUUGAAAUGCAGCUCGGCAUUCUUUGUAAAUGUAUAUAAUAUCUAAAAGCUAUUCACAACUCAUCUGCCGCUUUUCACUGCUUUCCUUCUUUUUAUCUGUCGUAUUCUUGUGAUCAUUGGUAAAGUUAUCCGUCUAAGCUUGUUGCCCUUUCUAUUUGUGGUGAGCAAACAAGACAUCAUUAGUGCAUACUGAUAUCGUCAGUGGCAUGGGGAGACAAAUUGAUGUGGGAGCAGAAAGAAAUCUAUUUGCCGAUAUGAACAAUCAAGCCAGCAGGCAUUGCUAAUUCUUCAGUUGGAGAGUUAGGCGAUCAACGGCUAUUACAGUUCACAUGGGAGUGGCAGAAGCCAUGGAAAUUCUCAGAAUGAAUUACAGAUUGUGAUGAGACUAUCAUCAUAAAUUCUUACAUUAUAUAUAUACACACACACAUAUAUAUAAAAUUUUUAUGCAUUGAGCAGCUC